UCCCUGGUCCAGUCCAGGAAAGCCGGAAUCACGUCCGCGCUGGCCUCGAGCACCUUGAACAACGAGGAGCUGAAAAACCAUGUUUACAAGAAGACCCUGCAAGCCUUAGUGUACCCCAUCUCCUGCACGACGCCUCACAACUUCGAGGUGUGGACGGCCACCACUCCCACCUACUGCUACGAGUGCGAGGGGCUGCUCUGGGGCAUCGCCCGGCAGGGCAUGCGCUGCGCCGAGUGCGGCGUGAAGUGCCACGAGAAGUGCCAGGACCUGCUCAAUGCUGACUGCCUGCAGAGGGCAGCAGAGAAGAGCUCCAAGCACGGAGCAGAGGACCGGACCCAGAAUAUCAUCAUGGUGCUCAAGGACCGCAUGAAGAUUCGAGAGCGCAACAAGCCGGAGAUAUUCGAGCUGAUCCAGGAGGUGUUUGGAGUCACCAAGACCACGCACACGCAGCAGAUGAAGGCCGUGAAGCAGAGUGUCCUGGAUGGCACCUCCAAAUGGUCGGCCAAGAUCAGCAUCACGGUCGUCUGUGCCCAGGGCCUGCAAGCGAAGGAUAAGACAGGUUCCAGUGACCCAUAUGUCACUGUCCAGGUUGGAAAGACAAAAAAAAGGACCAAAACGAUCUAUGGCAAUCUCAACCCGGUCUGGGAGGAGAAUUUCCAUUUCGAGUGCCACAACUCCUCCGACCGCAUCAAGGUCCGUGUCUGGGACGAGGACGACGACAUCAAGUCCCGUGUCAAGCAGCGCUUCAAGAGGGAGUCUGACGACUUCCUGGGCCAAACGAUCAUCGAGGUCCGGACCCUGAGUGGGGAGAUGGACGUCUGGUACAACCUGGACAAGCGCACGGACAAGUCGGCCGUGUCGGGAGCCAUCCGGCUGCACAUCAGCGUGGAGAUCAAGGGCGAGGAGAAGGUGGCUCCCUACCACGUCCAGUACACCUGCCUGCACGAGAACCUGUUCCACUUCGUGACGGAUUUGCAAAACAACGGGGUGGUGAAGAUCCCCGACGCCAAGGGGGAUGAUGCCUGGAAGGUGUACUUUGAUGAGACAGCUCAGGAGAUCGUGGAUGAGUUUGCCAUGCGCUACGGGGUGGAGUCCAUCUACCAGGCCAUGAC